AAGAUAACGUGCGAUAUGUAUGUGCGAUAUAAAUUUUGUCUUUGGCCUAAUAUUCUUCAAAAACCCUAGAUAGGCCUUCGAAUAAAGACUCAACAUUUGUUCCAAACUCGUAGGCGUUGAUAAAAUUGAUGGUAAUCCUCCGUGAAGAAUCCGGAUUUAAAGUGAAAGAUUUCUUGAAUAAGUCACGUCGAAUUCAUGAAGAAAAAGCUGUAAUCGUAAGAAUUGUUCCGGCUACGUCUCGAGAAUGAAAUUACUUGUAAUAAAUAACGUUAAGUUUAGAUCGCACGUAAUACGUUGACAACGAACGGUGGGGAGAGACUAUAAAAUCAGGAUUGCGAAUGUUUUUUUUUUCAGUUGUGAAUGUUCCCCGAUGGAAUCAAGUGUUCAAAAUAUUACGUGCGUUCUAUUGAUCUUUGCUAUCUUAGGAUGUUUCAUUGUCAGAAUCGAAGGGGACUUGGAUCAUAACGCUUUUGAUCUUAAAUUGAGGGCUCUUUUUAAAGUUAUUAAAUAUGUAUAUGAACGACCGCAACAGAUGACGAUCGGUACUAUUUAUGCAAUUACUUUAACAGAAGUCUCUCUGUUAAAAACAAUAUUGCAUAAAAAUACCCGUUACCUUGGCAAAACAUAUUCUCACGAUAUGAACAAAUUAUUCAAAUUUUCUUACAAUACGCGAAAACUGUUAACAAACGUCAUUAUUCCAAUAAAUGAUGAAAUGAAAGUGCUAAAAGAAGUAUUAAACGAUCCACAAAUUUGGAUGCGAGAAAUAUCUUGGAAAAAUGAAACUUUGAGUGCUAUGUUACCGCUUCCAUCUCAACGAUUAUCAUAUGCGAAUGGUGAAGAUAUAAUAAUGAAAGGAAGACCUAAUGAAUAUGAAAGUGAUUAUUGUCUUGUUGAAAUUGUUAAACAAAACUUUGAUAACAAAUGCUCGAUACCUUACAAAUGUAUACAGAUGAUAAUGAAAAAAGAUAAUCCAAGAGGAUAUCCUCUUACACAUAGAUUACUUAUUAUACAAACUUUAAGAGCAAUGGGAUGUAAAGAAAAUCGAAUGAUGCCGUAUUUGAAAAUGUUACCUAUCUAUUGUUCACGUAUUCUUCGAGAUAUGAUUGAUAUUGAAAUAAUUGGAUUUCCUUAUAACACACGAGAUUUGUUAAUGGAACAAGUUGUUUUAUGCGGAUCAGAAGGAUAUUUGGAAUUCAUGGAUAAACAUUAUGAGAAUUUAAUUUUAAGCUGGUCUCAUCCUAGUGGUUGUUACAGUGCAUUUGGUUACAGAGAACUUACAUCGAAAAGUAACAUGAAUACCGAUUUUGGAUGUGAUAGUCAUGCUACGGGUCUUGGAGCUGCAAGUUUAGCAUUAUUUAUUCGCAAAGAUGUAGAAACUGUAUUCCAAUGAAUAUUAAUUAAAUUUUUAUUUUUAUGUAAUAUGUACAU